CUGCACUGCUGUUCUCAUUUCCCAACCUCUGAUCCCUUACCAAAGAUGCCCCCUCCCCUCUUUAUGCCCCCAAAUGCCACCCGGGCGCAUCGUCCCAUCACUGCUGUCACCUCAGCCAUAACCUCGGCUGCAGGAUGCAGCACAGGAAGGCUCCUCCUCUGCCCCAGCUCCCCAAAUCCCCCCCUCAGAGCAUUCUGCAAGAGCUGAGAGCAACCCGAAGCCGUGCAGCUUUGCUCAGCGCCAUCCAAGCAUGACCUGCAGCCCGGCUGAUGCCAUUCUGCUGCUGCUGCUGCCCGGAGCUGCUCUGGCACAGCUGCGGAUCCGGCAGAGCCCAGCACAGCUUUGGGUCCGCCCUGGGCGCACAGCAGAGCUGAACUGCAGCACCGAUAGUGGCUGGAAUGCGAGUCGGCACCGGGCUGUGAAUUGGUACCGGGAGCAGCCGGGCAGCAGAUUGCAGUUCAUCUACCAGAGCUCAAUUUCCCCACGUUCAGAUGGAAAAUACUCCGGGAUGAGGAGAGCAGAGGGGUUGUUUUCCCUCCACAUCAGCUCUGCGCAGAAGGAGGACUCCGGCUUUUAUUACUGCGCUUCCACCACUCAUCCCUCUGAGUUUGGGGACGGCACCAGGUUGGUGGUGACAGAUGCCACGGAACCCACUCUCUCCAUCCUGCUGCCCGUGGAUGCGGAUCUGCGUGAGCCACCCUUGGCUGCCAUCCCUCUGCUCUGCCACCUCUAUGAUGUCCCCGAGGGUUGGGACGCGGUUGGUUGGCAGCACAGCAACGGCAGCUUGGUGACGGCCACCUCCAUGGACGAACGUGGCGUCCUCAGCGCCUGGAGCCUCGCCUGGCUCACAGCGGAGCGGUGGGGAGGCGCCGUGGGGUGCACAGCCACGCAGAGCAGCACAGGCAGGAGCAUCAGCGUGACCACCAGCCCACCCAGCAGCACAGCGCAGUGCCUGCAGUGGCUGCCGGCUGUUCUGCUGCCCUCAGUUCUCACCUUCACCGUCCGGCUGAUGCUGCAGCUCUGCAAAAAGCCCCACGCUGGGGGUCCCGGAGCCCCACAGCCCCCCCAGCAGCGCAGACCCCCUUUGCCACCCCAUAGAGCUGCAGGACGGAGCCAGGAGGCUGAAUACACAGCAGUGGUGCUGAGAUCCCCUUCCCCACCUUUGCAAUGAGAAAAAAAAGCAAGACAAGGGAGACCGCAGAGAAGCUCAGGGCAAUGGGAGCCCGGC